AUGCAGCUCGUCACUGCUUCGCUUUUCACCUUAUUCGCACUAAUUCGUCCCGCCUACGCUGCCGAUAGGCCGUUGAUUAUUGAGAACGGGGCUGUAUGCGAGAAUAAGGCCACUGGAUUUUUCGUGGUCGAUAAUACGAUCCUUGGUACGGCUGAUUCGAUUGUGUAUAAGGAUACACCGGAAGAGGAUUGUUUAAAUACAUGCUCAACAAAUAGAGAUCGUUAUGGUCGUUCCGUUCUGUGCGCAUCGUUCGUCUACGAUCAUGUUUCCUUUACAUGUACCAUCUUCAAGGAGAAAGCUAAACCGGAAGGGAAAGCGGAUGCUGUACAGGCUGUUGGGAAACGAUAUUUCGAGAAAGUGUGCUUAGGAGAUGCGGUUCCAAUGGAAUGUGCGGAUUCACAGUUUAUACGCGCUGAUGAUUCGGUCCUAAUUGGAUUUGCACGUAAUGUUACUCUUGUGGAAACUAUGGAACAAUGUGUGGAACAAUGUAUUAAGGAGGAUGACUGUAAGUCUGCCAUGUAUUUUUACGAAGAAGGCGAGUGCAUUACGAAUACGGAAUCAGCGUUGUCAAAACCGAAUUCUUUUGCAAAGGAAGAAAAUGAGAAGGUUGUCUACUUCCAGAAUGGAUGCCUUACCAAACUUCAAUCCCAUGACACCACUACAUCAUCCACUGAAUCAAAUCCUGCAACCGAGGUCGUGGAAAAAGCAGAGGAAAUCGAAGCUAACACUGAAAAAGAACAAACCGACAAUCGCACAACCGUACACCCAUCCGAGCAUAAUGACGGAGAGACGGAGUCGAAAAGCGGUGAAAAAUCCGGAAUCGAAGACGAAUCGUCUAACGUCGGUGAACAAUCGUCUGAUACUCGCUCAACGGAAAAAACCACGAGUCAAGAGAGUUCAACGGUGAACUCACCACCUAUCACUAGCGGAAGAUCAAGUGACGAGGAAGACGCUGAAGAUGCUACAUCGACCGAGUUCACUUCCACAACUACGGACGCAAUCGCCACAACAAAUUCGGAACCUGUUGAGAAGAAUGGAGAAGACGACGAAGAAUAUGUCAACGAAGAUGAGGAUGGCGGAGAAGUCGAAACUGUUACAUCCUCCGAUGGAUCAUUCGAAAAGAUAAACAAAAAAGGGGAGAAAGCAAGUUACAUCAAGUUCAAAAAACAUCCGAAAAAUUUUGCCUCAAAGACGGCUAAGCUUUCUGAGAAGGAGGCGGAAGUAACGGAAGAGGCAACUGAAAAAAAAGAAGCAUCGAACAGUGAAACACCGACAGAUGAGACAAUUUCUUCGAAUGGUUCAAGUUUUGAAGAGGAGACGGCCGAGUCCCUGGUCAGUGACGAAGGAGGCGAACCAGUUGAAGGACAAACAUCACCUCUCGACAAAAACAAGCAUUUGUCUAUCAAACGAGUGCUAGAGAGUGCCGAGAAAGAAGAAACAGAGCAAUAUCCAACCUACUUCUCUGACUGGUCCGAUUGGACUCCUUGUACGAAAGGAGGUGAACGCCAAAUUCGUCGACGUAAAUGCUUGGAUCUACGUCGUUGUCUCGGCGCUCUCAUGCAAGUUCGCAAUUGUCCGGCCGUUUUACCGGAACCAGCACAAUCUGGACCAAUUGAAUCUGUACGUUCUGUGAUCGAAGUGCCACGAAUUCCCGAAUAUGAUGAUGCUGAUGGAAAUCAAUUCGACGCUCGCUCGCCCUCUGUUGUUCAACAACCUUCGGAAACGGUGUGGAGUCCGUGGCUGGGAGUGUGCCAGCAUUUUGCAUCCGGUCAGCCGUGCAACAAUGGCGAAAUGAUCGGUUUCGAAUCUCGUGAAUGUAUCGCGAAGGAGCCAAGCCUAUGCGAUGGCCCAUUCUUCAGAUAUUGUACCUUACCAUGCUAA